AUGGCGGCGGCUGGCAGCAGUCGUGGCUCCCAGCCUGGGCUGGCUUCGGCUCCGGGCAGCGCCGGCGACACCUCCCUCCUCGGUAGCGCCACAGUGUGGCCCUUGAAGCGCUACGGUCGCUUCCUCCCCCCGAAGGACGGUGACGAUGAGGGGCAAAACACCUCUUGGAAGGUGUUUGAAUCAAAUGAAGAAUCAGGCCCUCUUGUCCUUACCAUUGUGGAGUCUGGCCAUUUCUUUAUUUCCCAAGGGCGAACAGUGCUGGAAGGCUUUUCCCUGAUUGAUUCCCACAAGUGGCUGAAGAUAGUGAGGAGAGCAGAGUGCCUGCUGCUCCAGGCACAGGCCAAGAACGAGUGCCGCAUGUUCCGCGUGCAGUUCGGAGGCAGCUGCAGGGAGGAGAUGCAGGAGCACUGCUGCAGCUGCGUGCAGAAACUCGGCGACUACGUCGCGGUGCAGGGGGCUGAGGAGCAGAGCCUCAGCCAGGACAGCCAGGCCAUGGACACCGAGCACGCGCCAGAUGAGACUCUCCCAGACUCCUGCACAAGCCUUGGAGAGAGAAGAUCUGUAGCACAGCUUGCACAGUCGGUGCUGCGGCAGCGGCCGGAGCUGCCCCCGGCGCUGCGGCACCCGGCCUGGAGCGCCCGCGAGCUGGGGCCCUUCAUCCGCCUCUGCCUCAUGGACCAGCACUUCCCAGCCUUCGUGGAGGACGUGGAGAAGGAGCUGCACAGGCUGGCCAAGGAAUGAGGCACGGCUCUGCUGAUUAAAGCUUGAGAAACAAGGCCUACAGAGGUUU